GAAUUAGUCUGCAAGUAUGUACGUGCCCAACCGGCGUAUUUUGCUACACAGUCUUCAAGCAAGUUCGCUUUCUCCACCCCCAGCACGACCUGCUGUUGUAGAUCUCUGUGUGCUUCUGGGUGCGACUUGCGUUUGGAAUGUAGCGCGUCACAGAGAACACCGCGAUGGACCUCAAAUCCGAACUUCUAAAAUCAAUCUGGUACGCUUUCACAUCGCUGGAUGUAGAACAGAGCGGGAAAGUGUCCAAAUCCCAACUAAAGGUGCUCUCACACAAUCUGUACACCGCCCUCAACAUCCCACAUGACCCCGUGGCCCUCGAGGAGCACUUCCGCGAAGAUGACGAAGAUGGACCGUUGUCCAGACAAGGCUACAUGCCCUAUCUCAAUGAGUACAUCCUGGCCAAGGCUAAAGAGGGGACUUUUAACAAAGAGACAUUUGAUGAGCUGUGCUGGAUGAUGACGGCGAAGAAGAACUACAGACCCGGUGUGGCAGGGGGCAUGUGCUCCCAACAAGACUGUUUCAAACUCUUCUGCCUGUUCAACCUGCUGUCUGAGAACCACUAUCCCCUCGUCAUGAUCCCGGCAGAGGUGGAGUACCUCAUGAAGAAGAUCUCCAUGGCGAUGAGCCAUGAUUGGGACCCCAAGCUGCUGGAGGACUUGCUGUGCCAGAAUCCCUCUCUCCGCGAGGGCCUGUCCGUGUGGGCGCUCCUGGAGCACUUGAACAACAGGAGGUUGCUCCAGAUCCCCAGCACAGAGGCCUUCAGCUUGGCUUUAGAUGAGGUCUUCCAGGAGAUGUACCACAACGUCCUUAAGCAGGGCUACAUGUGGAAGAAGGGACACGUCCGCAGGAAUUGGACUGAGCGCUGGUUUGUCCUCAAACCCUCCAGCAUCUCCUACUAUGUCAGUGAGGACCUCAAGGACAAGAGGGGGGAGAUUCCGCUGCAGAAUGGCUGUCUGGUGGAGACCAUCCCUGACAAGGACGGAAAGCGAUGCCUGUUCUGUGUGAAAACGUUGCACAAGACCUACGAGAUGAGCGCCUCAGACAUCAAGCAGCGCGUAGAGUGGGUCCAAGCUGCCCAGACGGCACUGCGUCUCCUCCGGGAGAGAAAGUCCUCCCUGCACCAGGAGCUGAAGCUGCAGAGGCGGGAGCAGAGGAAGAGCUGCCUUCCCAGACGAGAGGAGGUGCACAACCCACAGGAGCGGCAGGAGGAGAAGGAGCGUCAGGAGCAGGAGAUCGAAAACAUCAUCCAGCUUCAAAGGGCGGUGGAGACCCAGCGCAAACAGGCGGAAGAGCAGGAGAAAGAGCGGCAAAUGGAGGUGCAGAGAGAGCUUGAGAGACAGCUACAAGAGGCAGAGAAGGUGAGGGAGAGCAUGGAAGUGGAGAUGGCUCAGAAGGAGAGAGAAGCAGAGCAGCAGCGGGUGAGGAUCCAGGAGCUGGAGAUCACUCAGAAGAAGCUUGAGGCAGCACUGAAAAGUGAAAUACAGGCCCACAUGGAGGAGGAGAAUGCACGAAUGGAGCAGGAGAGACUCCAGGAGGAAGAGGAAGAGAAGAUGAAGCAGCUGAUGCUGCUACAGCAAGAAGCAGAGGCUGAGCUGCUGAGGGCCCAGCAGGAGAAACGGGACGCGGAGGAGCAGGGGAUCUCCAGCUCCUCUGCUGUAGACGCAGCCUCCCAGGAGCUGCAGACCCUGAGGGAGACGCGCGAGAGGAGCAACCAGCAACUGGAGGAAGCUAAGGAGAAACUGCGUAAUGCCAGCCAUAAUGUGAAGCUCUGGAAUGUACAACUAAAUCGGUUGCUGAAGCCCAUCUUACCAGGAGAACGUUUGGAGUCUGUGAAGCGCAGUCAAGAUGGUCCAGAUAAAGCCUUCACCAGCCGAGAGUUCAUUACCAAAUACAAGCCCAGUGUCAUUCCGAAGUCCAACGGCCAAUCAUCUGAGGAAGAAGGGGACCUUCAGGAGCACCUGGAGGCUGUCAGCCUGUCAGAUUCUGACCAAACACUUGUACAGGAUGUUAGGCGAGGCCAAUAGAACAGGAAUUCAGGGAUAGAUGCUCUCCAGCUUGGAAAUUGGGGGGUAUUUUCACACUCUAGACACUACAGUGCUAAUUGUGGUUGCUUGUUUUGAAGUAAUAUACCAUUUACCAAUUCACUAGUUGACUACCAAUAAAUGGAUGGCUCAGUCAGUAGUGACCAAUUUAACUGGGUCAAUGGGUCUUAUAUACAUAGGGGUCCUAGAAUUUCACCAUCCUCCAUCCACUAGGGAAGUGGAAAGCAACCCUCGAUACUCCAUUCACAUUAACCUCCAUCAAACUAAUUGUUAGCGCUUGCGUAACAUUGUGCUGUGAUGCCUGUAUAAUCAGAUUGAAAAAAUCAUUCCUAGGAUCAUCAUCGUCAUCACUGGAUCAACUUUUGCCUUUACCCAAAACUGAUUUUUUAUUAACUGAAAACUUUGAGAAAAGCUUGAAUUACCUUAAUUAUCUCUGGCCAUGCUGUGGAUAAGCAUCUAUAUAUAAUCGGAAAAUGUAUUUAAGCUUAUUUGUAUAAAUGUGAUUGAUCUGAAUGAAUUUAUGAAAUUAAGAAUUAAGGGACAUCUCUUUACUGUUAACACUGAGCAGUAUUACAUCUCUAUUAAUUAUAACUGGAUUGUGGUGUCUUUCUUUUCUCCAUGUGCUAAAUCAGGCCUAUGCUAAAUGCACAGUAUAACCAAAUAAACAUUGCAUGUGCAAAUACAUGCUAAACAUGUGUAUAGAUACUUUGUCACUGUCUGAAUCAGUGCUUCACAUUGACGAUUCUGCCCCUGUAUAAUGCCCGGAGUUCCGGUAAUAACAGGUGUCCAUAAAUAUUACCAGGGACAGUAUUUUGAUACCUCUUUCGCUUUGUCUAAUCACUGUUGGUGUGAUCGUGCAAUUGAUUUGUGCAUCACAUAGAAUUGUACUAACCGCUACCAGCUGUUAAAAAUGUCCCAUAUCUACACACUUAACAGGAAUAGUACUGCUUAGCAGCUGUUAUCAUAGCUGUUCAGUGGGAAGGGAUAGCAAGGGAGAGCACAUAUCUUGUUUUGAAUAAUAAGGAUUGUUUGCCUUCUUCGUAUUAGCUGAUAAAGCUGCUCUCGUGGGAGUCUCGGACCUCCACAUUGGCUGUUGGGAACACAAUGAAAGCCAGAUAAAGCCAUUGCCAACAACACUCCCUCAUGAAAAUGAUUUGUAAACUGAAACCAGCAUGUGAAUAGCUUGUAUCUUAAAAUGAGACUCCACUUACCUGUUGUUUCCUAUGCACUCAUUUGCACACAUUGCCGUUUCUACUGUGCUUUACUGCACUGGCAAACAUAUUCUCAUAGGAUGAAAGCCAGCUCAGAGGAUGAAAAUACUCAAUAGUUAAUUUCAGUACAAUUUUAUAGUAUGAUUUCACAGUUCCUUACAUUUUUUGUUUGCUUGUUUACCCCACUUUGUUGUGAUAUGUUCUUCAUAAUUACCAUAUUGUCACUAUAGAUUCAAAUAAAAGUGAAAGUAGAAGUAGUUUGACUUAUUUGUGUCUGAGGCAUCCAGACGAACAAUUUUGAUACGUUUUUUGCCGAAUCAUUCAUAGGAACUUAAUAGGGGCCCACGGGCGGACUCUUGUUGACUGUAUAUGCUGUAUCUUUAAAUAGCGCGUGCACUUGUAGUCACGUCCCUAAAGUACGUACGCGUUC